UGCGCAAAGCCCACGGCAUGGAGCUCUUAUCUGAUGAGGAACAAGUAUGGGCCAAAGAUGUCCUAACCGGUCUGGGUUACGAGGUUGAAGUAGAACUUUUGUCCCAGUUCAGCCAGAGAGGGGAGGCUGCUUUGUCGGACUCCUCGUCAGAGCCCUUGUUGGCUGUGCAGAGGGAUUUGAAGGAGCUUGGUGUCAGGGACUUCAUGGAAGGCAUACCCAAGGGCACUCCGAUGCGUCAUAGGGCUUCCUUCAAACGCUUUCUCAAGGCAUUGAAUGGAUUGGACCGAGGAGAUUCAGAAGAUGAAGGGGAAGAAGCAAAGGAAACCACGGAAGCCAAGGAAGCAGAGAAACCGAAGCUACUCGUGGACCCAGAUGUGGUGGAAGUGCCAGACCUGUCUCAGGAGGCACGGUUCAACCUGACUGUGCACAAUAUCAGCUCCUCGUCCUCGCACGACAGUCACACGUUGAAGGUCCGUGUCAUCCACAAUUGCAGGUUUGUGGAAUACACCUUGAUGACCUCGAAGCACGCGAAGCUGUACCUUGAGGAGGGAUCCUACUUGAGCAUCGUCUCUGAAAACGAUGCGGGUGGUCCUCAGUUGCAUCGAGGAAUGUCCACCGGGGGCCUCAAAAAAGGUGGACUUGUGUAUGCCAGCAUGAGAACUCAGAGACACUUUAAUCUGGGCUAUGGAGACCCUCUUCCGGCUCUGAUGAAGGGAGCGAGCGCCUACCAUCUGGUUUUUUUUGAGUCUGAUGCUGUUAGACUUUGGCAUACUCAGUAUGGUGAGGACAAGUCUGCUUCGAAUCUGACUGAAAUGGAAGUAAAUAGUUCCUGCGUGGUGGUUCCACGUGAGAAAUCCAUUGUGCAUCUGCAGUCUUGGAAGGCCCAGGGCGCGAACAAACAGAUGCCUCGAGAAUCCAUCAACGAAGAGCUUGCGGCGGCACAUUUCAGCAACAGACAUGUGUAUCUCCAAAAGAUGAACAAGAUCGAUCACUGGACAGGAAGCCAACUAAGUGACCAUGACGACUGGGAUGCAGAGGCUGAUCUCAAAAAGGUCGAGCCUCAGGAUUUUGUGAUUUCCCAUGAACGCUUUCAUAUCGUUCUGCACAACCUCUCGCCGGAGAAUGCGAAGUUCCAGUUGAAUGUGAAGGUGACAUACGAGCAGGGCCAGGCGGAGUACACGUUGGACAGUCAUAGUUGUGCAACCCUUCAUUUGCCACAGGAUUCACUCCUCGAGGUGGAGUCAGAGUCUCUGGAGGAAUGGCAAGCCAAAAAGUCUAUGAAUGUGGAGUUACAGUCUUUGAAGCCAGGUGCCAAUGUGUACGUGCUGAGCGAGCCUGACCAUGAAACCGCUACCCCAUGUGAAAAUCAGCUACUUUGUUUUGCUAUUGUCCUUAUGGCUACCGGCGUGGGUCUGCCCUUGGGCAUCAUUUUGUUUUGCAUCCUUAGCACAAAGUUCAAGGAACGGCACAAAAAGUUUCCUUUACUCAACUUAAGCCACCAGAAUGGCCUUCCUUCAAAAGGGCGAAGCUCAGCAUCCUCCACGCUUUGGCAUUUCCUCGGUCAAGGUCCGGAGACCAUGUUUGCACGAUGCAUACUCGGAGAUGCCGACAUCUCUGGGAUUGCCUUGGCUCCUGGUGAGAGCUGCGCUAUGGAUGCCAGGACCGGAGCUGCGUUUCAGAUUGCCAUCCGGGAACAGGCCCAAGCAGCUCGUGGCUAUGGAGAUCUCGGCAGCGAGCUGAGAGAAAUGAUCCGUGAAUGUGAUGGACGUGAUGGCCUCAGCCAGCGCCAUGUCUAUGUCUGGAAGACCAAAACCAGGAAGACCGAAGGGAGGACCAAAAGGACCAAAAUUGAAAUGAAGAUUGCGCCAGGAAGUCUUGUUGGAAAGCAUCCCCAGACAUGGGACGCCUUCAAGGACUUGGAACGCUCUGCGCAUGUGGAUGUGGAGGACAACACGCCAUCCAAUAUGCCGUCCAACAUGCCCUCCAACAUGCCAUCCAAUGCGCCCAGCAAUCGGCCUGAUUCCGGAAAUCGGCCUGAUCCCCCAGGGGUGGUAGCAGAAGAGCCUUGAUUUUCUGGCAGAUGAUGGCCUGAAGUUCGAAGAACUUUUUUUUUGGUUUCACCAGUUUUCGGCAUUUCUUGGCAGCUGAGUGAAGGUCUGAUAUGGUACCCCAAAAUUGGGAUGCCCUGUCAAAGGUAUUUUGCUUUCAAAGAGACGGCUUCACAGCCCAAACUCGCCCGUUGGUGGUUUCAAAUACGUGGUUCUCCAUCCCCACGGGGUGAUGGCAGUGAUGAUGAUGAUGAUGAUGAUGAUGAUGAUGAUGAUGAUG